AUGACCAAGCUGUGCGACCUGCUGGGCUCGCGCCCGGAAGCGCUGUUCGAGUGCAUGUACACCAAGCACAAGACGCAGAAGCGCAAGAUCUGGCAUGAUGGGUUCGUGGCGCUCCACGCCUCGCGGAGGAUCGUUUUGUACGAAGAAGACGAGGGAAAGGCUGGCAAAGCCAUCGACGAGGCCAAACUGGCCCCGUUCGACUGGGGCCGCAAGGACGAGGAGAACUUCGAGACGUCCAAAUUCCUAGUUGAGGUCGUCAACGAGACGCCCACGCCGUCAACCCACGCCGCAUCAGCGGCCACAGCAAGUGCCAGCGGCUUCGAGUCUGCCAGUACAGUGCAGCAGUCUGCAGCCAAUGGACCAGGAGCACGAGCGGGGCCUCCUCCCGGACUCGGUGGACGCCCACGCUUCUCCAAUUCCAAGUUCCGCACGCCACUGAGUCGAGGACCGCCACGUCUUGGCAGACCUGGAGCCAGCCGUGCAGCUCACCCAUACAGUCGCAACUCGCCCGUAAACGUACCGACUCCGCCAACAGCAGCUUCCAGCCCCAAGUUCGACUUCGACCGCAGCCCGACGUCCGAGUGGAAAUACGUCCCGGACGUCGUCGCUCGCACUCCCGACGAGGUGCUCGCCCUGCUGGACAAGUGA